UGCAGCGAAAACGAACAGGCCUCGGUCUGUUUUCAUGCAAGUGAGAAGUGUGAGGAGGUUAUCCCACAGGAGGAUGAGCGUCUUGAAUUUGUUGCCUGCGUUAUCGCGAUUAUCGGUGCACGCUAUACCUGGCGUUCGAAACAUCUCGGCAUGCACCAAUCCGUUGUAUUUCAGAGUUAGCAACGCGCUUUUAGGAGAACCAUUAAAGAAAAAGAAAAGAAUAGACCCCGCGAUUAUCAGGGCACGAGAAGAAAGAAAGAAGAGGAAGUUAGAAAAGCAAAUUCGCAGGUUACAGAAGCAAGCUAAGCAACUGAAACCAGUCGACGAGUUGGAAGUGCCAUCGAAAUUAAUAGAUGAAAGGCAGCAAAGGCUGCGGAAGCUUCCGCCGAUAUCGGAAGAGGAAGCGGAGUCCAGAGUUUUGUUGCAAAAGGACUGGAACAGAUAUAAAACUCAACAGCAUUUGGUUACCGUUCAGACGAUAGAUUCUAUCUUUUAUUCGCAGCAAAAAGCACUCGACGAACUGAGAGCGGAAUCAGAAGACCUGUAUCAAGAAGCGAUACAAAUAGAUUUAGGGCUUUUACCGUAUACAGCGAAAGGUCCGUUAAAAACGCCUGCGAUAGAAAAUUACGACAGUCCCGAUGGCGAAUAUAUAAACACCACUCGGAAGUUUGAUGGAGAGGAAUGAGCGUUUGAUGCUGUACAAAAGAAUUUGGAGAGAUUUCACUUUACACAUAGAGAAUACGUACAAAUACAACAUGUAUUUCCAGCUCGAAAUAUGAAUUCAUACAUUUAAUAAUGUUACAUGAAUUCCUGGUAGAAUAUAGAAAGCGAUAGAAGCAAAUAAACAUUUUAAUAUAAGAAGAAAAA